CCUUUGGGCCCCGUCCAAUGGCGGCUGCUCUUCUCCCCGCGCACUGCGCGAUGGGCCAGGAAAGGGCGGAGCGGAAGGAGGAGCGUGGAGAAGCCCCCUGGUCCUGGCCUGCGCGCUGCGUUCGAUUUUCCAGACGCGUGCUCAGCACACCUCAACUAUCGCGGUUGCUGUUCGCUGCCGCUGUGUGAUUCCCGAGCCACUCGCCUCCGCUGUAUUGCCAAGAUGUCUCUUUCUAACAAGCUUACUCUGGACAAGCUGGACGUGAAAGGGAAACGGGUGGUCAUGAGGGUGGACUUUAAUGUUCCUAUGAAGAACAACCAGAUAACAAACAACCAGAGGAUCAAGGCUGCCACCCCAAGCAUCAAAUUCUGCUUGGACAAUGGAGCCAAGUCAGUUGUUCUUAUGAGCCACCUGGGCCGGCCUGAUGGUGUCCCCAUGCCUGACAAGUACUCCUUAGAAGCAGUUGCUGUAGAACUCAGAUCUUUGCUGGGCAAGGAUGUUCUGUUCUUGAAGGACUGCGUGGGCCCAGAAGUGGAGAAAGCCUGUGCUGACCCAGCUUUUGGUUCUGUCAUCCUACUAGAAAACCUCCGCUUUCAUGUGGAGGAAGAAGGGAAGGGAAAAGACGCUUCUGGGAACAAGGUUAAAGCCGAGCCAGCCAAAAUGGAAGCCUUCCGGGCUUCACUUUCCAAGCUAGGUGAUAUCUACGUCAAUGAUGCUUUUGGCACUGCUCACCGAGCCCACAGUUCCAUGGUGGGAGUGAAUCUGCCACAGAAGGCUGGUGGUUUCUUGAUGAAGAAGGAGCUGAAUUACUUUGCCAAAGCCUUGGAGAGCCCAGAGCGACCCUUCCUGGCCAUCCUGGGCGGAGCUAAAGUUGCAGACAAGAUCCAGCUGAUCAAUAAUAUGCUGGACAAAGUCAAUGAGAUGAUUAUUGGUGGUGGAAUGGCUUUUACCUUUCUUAAAGUGCUCAACAGCAUGGAGAUUGGCACUUCUCUGUUUGAUGAAGAAGGAGCCAAGAUUGUCAAAGACCUGAUGUCCAAAGCUGAGAAGAAUGGUGUGAAGAUUACCUUGCCUGUUGACUUUGUCACCGCUGACAAGUUUGAUGAGAAUGCCAAGACUGGCCAAGCCACCGUGGCCUCUGGCAUACCCGCUGGCUGGAUGGGCUUGGACUGUGGUCCUGAGAGCAGCAAGAAGUAUGCUGAGGCUGUCGCUCGGGCUAAGCAGAUUGUGUGGAACGGACCUGUGGGAGUAUUUGAAUGGGAAGCUUUUGCCCGGGGAACCAAAGCUCUCAUGGAUGAAGUGGUAAAAGCCACUUCCAGGGGCUGCAUCACCAUCAUAGGUGGUGGAGACACUGCCACUUGCUGUGCCAAAUGGAACACAGAGGAUAAAGUCAGCCAUGUGAGCACUGGGGGUGGUGCUAGUCUGGAGCUCCUGGAAGGUAAAGUCCUUCCUGGGGUGGCUGCUCUCAGCAGUGUUUAGUAUUUUCCUGCCCUUUGGUUCCUGUGCACAGUCCUAAGUCAACUUAGUACUUUCCUUUGUAUCUCCACUUGGCAUUAGCUAAAAUCUUCCCCCAUGUCAAGAUUCAGCUAGUGGCCAAGAGAUGAAGCACCAGGAACCCUUAAACAGGUUCACAGCAUCUCAUCUUUAUUGCACCCUGGAUUUUCCUACAUUCUUCAAGAUCCCAUUUGAAUUCCUUAGUGGCUAACCCAUUGUGCUUUCUAGUGUGCAUAUUUAUAUUCUGCCUGUUAAAAGAAAGUGAGCUGUGUUAGCUUAGUUCUUUAAGUUGCUUACUCUGAUUAGCUUUGUCACUGUUUCAUUAUUGGCAUGGAAAGAAGAUGAAAUUCCAGUUUUAGAUAGGGAUGAGGACAAAGUUGAUGAUUUAUUAAACAAUAAAAUUGUCGAUUUAAACUGGGAUUUUUUUUCCUGUCAUACUUUGUUAGGAUGGGUGAGAACAGAAUAUUGGGGGAAGGGAUCAAAUAAUCUACAUUUCUCAAUGCAAGAAAUGGGGCAGCAGCAGUAGGGUGAUGCAGGGGAUUAGAUAAAUGUUUAGUCUUCAUCAAGGGCCUGCUUACAGCAGACAUUGUGCUGGUGCUUUAUUUUAAAUUUUAUUUUUUAUCAGUUAUACAUGAUAAUAAUUUAAAAAGUCAAGGCUUUAACAAAAAAUAGGCCUCAGCCCAUUCCUCCUGUUUCUGAUUCCCACUCCCCAGAGAUGACUGCUUUUAACUGUUUUUCUCUAGUAUUUACCUCUGUGUUUCUAAGUAAGAUGCUAAUACUGUGAACAUCUCGAUUUUUUAAAAGGUUAUUUAUUAAUACCUUCCAUUCCACAUAUACUUCCCCUUCCUCAUUCUUGCAAUAGUUUUGUCAUAAUUAUAGAUUAGAUCAAUUGUCUACAUUGACUGUAAAUACUAUUCACAGCUGAACUAUAUUGUAUGCUAUUAUAUAAUUUUUUAUUUUCGGGUUAAUUUUUUUAAUUUUUUUUCUGUGUACAUUAUCACUAAUUCUCUAAUCUGCUAGAAGUAUAAAUGUCAAUAUAUGAAAACAUUUUAGGCAGUCUGUUUCUUUUUAUUGGAGACAUCCCUCCUGGAGUACUUCGUGCUCCUGCUUCAGUUUAUAUUGGCUGCUCUCCAGGUUUGCUGUACAGUUGUUGCUCUGGGAUUUCCUGUAACUCCCUUGAGGAUUCCUUUCAUCUCCUGUGUUGGACUCCCUUUUUCUUGAAUACCAUUUUUCCCUUUUUUGUUUUACUCUCAUUUUCGUGGAACACAAGAUUAACCACUUCUGAGAAAGGGUGCUUGGGAGGUAAAUUUUUUGAGACCCUUAUACUUGAUUACUAGUUUGGCUAUAUAUAGAAUUUUUGCCUGGAUAUCACUUUUUCACACUUGAAGGCAUUGCUUCGUUGUCAUUGUUAAGAAUCUAAUGCCAUUCUGAUUCUUUUACUGUCCUUGUGGUUUUUCUCUUCCAGUCUAUUGCCAUUUUAAUGGGAUUUUGGGAGAGAACAGAAUAAGUGAUUUCAAAGGCCAUAUUUAACCAGAAAUUCUGUGCUGGGCAUUUUACAUGCAAGAUAUAUAUUUCACUAUUAUGAAUGUGGAAACCCUGGUGGCAUAGUGGUUAAGUGCUACAACUGCUAACCAAAAGGUUGGCAGUUCAAAUCCACCAGGUGCUCCUUGGAAACUCUGUGGGGCAGUUCUACUCUGUCCUGUCGGGUCGCUAUGAGUUGGAAUUGACUCGACAAGGGUUUUUUUUGGUGUUAUGAAGAAAUAGUUAACUCUUGGACAAGAUCACAGAGCUAGUAAGUAACAGCAGAGAUUCAAGUCCAGGUUUGUCUGACUCCAAAGGCUUUUUCAUUGUGCCUCGCUUCCUAAAAAUGAUGCUUCUAGACUAGGACUUUUUUGCUUGACUCUGGAGAUAACAGCAAAAAUUUUGAUGGCUGUUUUAAACAAAAAUUUGAAGGCUCAUGUUUUCUGAAAAAUGUAUUUUAAUACUGUACCCAUAUUUUUAGUUGAUUUUAAUGUGUUUUAACUUAGUUGAAUAAAACUGACAUUCUGUGUAGAUGCACCAUGUUUGUGCACACCUCUAAGGGUACUCUGGUUUGAGAAGCAGGAAUUCUAGUCCAGUCUUUUUACAUAUGAGGCCCAGAGGUUCAUGCUACCCAUAGAUCCAGCAAAUUAAUGUCAUAGUUGAGCUAGAAUUUAGGUAAACUGAUGACCUCCUUUUCCCUGACUACCUUUCCCCCAACAUUAUGAAAAAUUUCAAAUGUACAGAGGCUUUGAAAAAAACUGUAAACACCCAUAAACCCAGCACCUAGGCUCUACAAUACCCCAAGUCAUCCAUGACCUUUUUUUAAAAUCCCUGAUUACCUUGUAAGUAGUUUCUACUAGAUUCUGCUUCUAGUAUCUUCCCCCAUUUAUUUGGGUUAUUAAUCCAGAGAAUGAAUGGGGAAAUUCCAGUCAUGGAACAACUUGGCAAAAUAAGCCAAAUAUUUGAGGACCCACUAUGUGCUUAGGACAUGGUGAAGGGAAUAUAAGAUACAAUUUAUAUCCUGAAGGAAUUUACAACCUAGUUGUAGAAGACAAGGUGUUCCAGACAAGGAACACUUAAUGAGCAUAUAAACUAGAAUAGUAUGGGAUGUUCUUCCUGAUUUAAUAUAGCAUUAUGAAUUGUUUAUAAUAUUGCAAAGGCUUAAGUGGGAAAUUCACUUUUAACCCCCAAACAAUAUAUGUAUGCCUAUAUACAGAAAAAAAAAAACCUGU